UCAAAAUCUUCAUCUUCUUCCUCAAUGGCUUCUUCUCCUUCUCCAUCAGAAAGUAACAGCAAUGAAAGUAUUAUAGCUGAGUACGCAAAAUCUAAUCGAUCUACAUGUAAGAAAUGUUCAAAUUUAAUAUCCGUAAAUUCACUUAGAUUAGGUUUACAUUUUAAAGAUCGACGAGGUUAUGAUGUUACUAAAUGGCAUCAUAUCAGUUGCUUCCCUACUCAUUCUCUUCAAUAUAUAGAGAAUAUUCAAGGUUUCUCUUCUCUUAAGAGUAGUGAUCGGGAGGUACUGGAGAAGUUAAUGGAUGGAAUUGAUUUGGAAUUCAAACAGGGUUCUGAUCAUGGAGUGAUGGUGGAGGGAAGUGAGGAAAGGAGUUCGAAAAAAUUGAAAGUUCGUAAGGUAGAUGAACAUAAAAAAGAAGGUGAACAAAAGAAAUCAAAGGUCAUAGUGGAGUACGCAAAGUCUAACAAAUCUUCUUGCAAGCAAUGCACUAAAGCGAUUCCUUCAAAAACACUUAGAAUAGGCUUGGUUAUCAGAGGUUGGGGAUUUGACAUGACAAAAUGGCAUCACCUGAGAUGCUUGUCAGCUGUUCCUCUACCAGUUGAUUCUGUGGAUGAGAUAGAUGGUUUUCCAUCACUUAAGAGCAAUCAUCAAGAAGCACUGAAGAAGUUACUGAAUGGUGAGGUGUUGCCGAUAGAGGUUCUUAAAGAAGAUGAAGCUGCACUAGAUGAACUCCAGGAAAGUAAAUCGAAGACCUCAAAGCCCUCUAUUAAGAUCUUGACUGAGUAUGCAAAGUCGAGUCACUCUUCUUGCAAAAAAUGCACUGAGGCAAUUCCUGCUAAUUCAGUGAGAGUAGGCUCACAUAGCCCAGAAUAUGGGAUUCGGUGGUAUCACCCGGUUUGCUUUCCUACUGAUUCUCAGCCCAUCAUUUCUUUAGAUAAGAUUGAUGGCUUUUCAUCACUGAAGAGUUUUGACCAAAAAACACUGCAGAAGGUAUUGGACGGAUGUGAUAAAUUGCCCAAAGAGGCUGGCAAGGCAGAUGAACACGAAAAAGAAGGUGAACAGAAGAAAUCAAAGGUAAUAGCUGAGUACGCGAAGUCUAAUCGAUCUUCUUGCAAGCAAUGCACCAAAGAGAUCCCUUCAAAAACAUUGAGAUCAGGCUUGGUUAGCAGAGGUUGGGGAUUUGAUAUGACAAGAUGGCAUCACCUGAGAUGCUUAUCAACUGUUCCUCUACCAGUUGAUUCUGUGGAUGAGAUUGAUGGUUUUCCAUCACUUAAGAUCAAUCAUCAAGAAGCACUAAAGAAGUUAUUAACUGGUGAGCCGUUACCGAUAGAGGUUCUUAAAGAAGAUGAAGCCGCACUAGAUGAACUCCAGGAAAGUAAAUCAAAGACCUCAAAGAUCUCUAUCAAGAUCGUGACUGGAUAUGCAAAGUCUAGUCGCUCUUCUUGCAAGAAGUGCUCAGAGGCAAUUGCUGAUAAGUCACUGAGAGUUGGCUCACUUAGCAAUGAACGAGGGCGUGAUUUUACAAGAUGGUACCAUCCGGAUUGUUUUCCUACUGAUUCUCAGCCCAUCAUUUCUUUAGACGAGAUUGAUGGCUUUUCAUCACUUAAGAGUUGUGACCAAGAAGUACUGCAGAAAUUAAUGGAUGGAUGUAAUAAAUUGCUUAAAGAGGUUGUACCUGUGGUUGAAGGAAGCGAUGAUCAAAGCUUGAGAGAAUCCAAAGUGAGAAAUUAUGCCUGUAAAGUUCUAUGUAUUAUUGGUGUGAAUUGGUUCUUUGAUUUGCAUCUGCCUUAUUUUUAUGCAAUUAAGGUUCGUGAAAGAGACGAAAGUAUGCUGGACGAGUUGAAGGAAAGUAGUCCCAAGAAAUUGAAGGUAGCUGAGUUGGAGGUAGCUUUCUCUACUUCUGAUGUAAAGAAACACUACAAGGAUGCUACAUUACCUCCAAAUUGGAAAGCUUUGCAAACGCUUAUCUUUCUGGAGAGGGAUGAAGGUCUUCGUGAUUCAGGAAAAAUUGCGGCAUUUGGUUUUGAUGGUUGUCUUGCCGACACAGAUGUGCAUAGAAUUGGUGCAGAUGCAUGGUCCCUGAUGUCCCCAUCAAUACCGGAGAAGCUAAAAAGUUUGUACAAAGAUGGAUACAAACUGGUGAUCUUUACCAAUGAAUCUAACAUUGACCGCUGGAAGAAUAAGAGACAAGUAGCAAUUGAUUCUAAAAUUGGACGGCUACAAAAAUUCAUUGAUUGCGUUAAAGUCCCUAUCCAAGUGUUUAUAGCUUGUGGAAUAGAAAAUGGCGGUAAAGGAGAAGAUCCCUUUCGCAAACCCAAACCUGGAAUGUGGAGAGUGAUGGAGCAACAAUUCAAUUCAGGAAUCAGCAUUGAUAUGGAUCAGUCAUUUUACGUUGGUGAUGCCGCUGGGAGAAAGAAAGAUCAUAGUGAUGCAGACAUCAAGUUCGCUGAGGCUAUUGGACUGAAAUUUUAUGUUCCCGAGGAAUUUUUUGCCGCAUAAAAGAUGUCAGGCAUUUGUUUAUACUUGAUUUUUCAAUACUUUUGUUAAUCUGCAUCGAAAAUCUCUGUGCAGUUAAACUUGUCUUUACUCUUAUCUAACUGGACUUUACUGCGUUCGCUACUUCAGUAUUUCACGCUUUUCUUCUUUUGGUCUACUACACAUCUAAAGGUUCAUUGUAAACGUAAUGUGCUUGUUUAUUGUUCCAUUAGUGAAAGUUUCAAUUUCAAAUCUA